UAAGUUCUAAGCUUCCUGUAAACGCGCCACUCCACGCGAGGCUGGUCGACGUUCCAAAACAAUGGAACAAUAAAAGACGGAAACACAACCAAAAUCCAGCUCAACUCAAUCUUCGUCCCGAGAAUCUGACCCGAAAGACUCGGAUCCCACAAUGGACGCGGAGGGCUUUGUUAUGGUGCCAACAUCAGAGCCACAGAAAAAGGAAGAGAAAGAGACUCGGGAUCUGAAAGCGAGUCAGAUUCAAAGCCCGCAAUCACCGGUCCGUACACCUACCGGCUCGAGAAAAUCAGCUCAUUGGAGUCCGGAACUUGUUAGUGAAUCGCCUGCUGUGGAUCAAAUCGCCACCAUCUCAGCUCCUAACGGAUCCAAUCCUUACGUUACUCACGCUCCGCCUGCGGAAUCCUCUUCGGCUUCCUUCAAAGAGAAAAUAUAUAUAGUUAAGGGUGUCUUGGGGAUAUGGGGGAGGAAAGUGGCAGAGGCGGCGAAGAAAACGGAGGAGAACACGUGGCAACACUGUAUUUUUCUUUUUAAAGUUCCAAUUGGUUUUGAAUUUAUUUUAAAUUUCAAGUGUUUUCGUUCUUGAUUGUAUUUGUAUGAUUGUAUCUGGUUUGAGUUCGUUUGCAAUUUGUGGGCCUUUAGAGUUGGAAUUUAUUACUAGUUCUUGGUAAUUUGAUUUGUUUUACUUUGUGAUGAGAUUGAACUAUGUUGUUCUUUUGGAUGGUUGCUAUUGAUAUUAAGUUAUUGAAAA